AUGAUAGUCCUUGCCAAUCCCGAUUAUAUCACCAUCACAAAGCCCUACAGAGGCUCAGUAACAACGCAGUAUACUGUCCCACCGCAGGGUGAUGAGCCUGGUAUUGUUAUUGUUGAACAGCCGGGCGGUUCGUCGGCGCCGGAGAAUGUAGUCAUCCCUGCGACGGAUGAUCGGUCUUAUGUUAUUAUCAUUAGACCGCAUUCAGGGCCGGAUCCGAUAUCUGCGCCUAUUACGCAGGUUGUCCCCCCGAGAAGUGGGCAGCCGGGACAGAUUAUUAUUGAGACGCCGGAGACGCAGGUUGGUGAUGCGACGCCGGGUGUGUUGCAGCCUCUUACACUUGAGCCGAAGGAGGUGACUGGCUAUGUGACGGUUCUUCGACCAUUGACUGGAACAUUGGCGUCGUUGCAACUGAUCACGAUUUCACCGACUGGGACGAACCGUGGAUCGGUUAUUAUUAAUGUCCCGACAUCGGCACUCAAUGGGGGAAGCCUCCAAGGUCUUACUCUCGAGCCUGCACAGGAUGGCGAUUAUGUCACCGUGAUUGAACCAGCGGGCACAGCCUUCAGCGGAACUGUCCCAAUUAGAUUAUUAACAGUACCACCGAGCAAUGGAAACCCUGGUACUGUAGUCAUCCAAACUCCUAUACCAGGAACUCUGGGGCCGUUGGCACUUGAGCCUUUGACCCCUAACACUUUGGGUGCCUUGGGACUCGCUAACCAAACGAUCACUCUUCAACCUGCCGAUGCGACCGGCUAUGUGACCAUCAUCGAACCUGCCGAAGGAAGCGUUACCCCGACAGCACCUAUCCGAACUACCAUUCCACCGACUGGUACCAAGCCUGGAACUGUACUCAUACAAACACCACUGGGUUGGAAUGAUGGGGGAGAUGGUGCAGCUACACGAGCUCGUCCUCAGGGUUCGGUAUCGUAUACCACUAUUACUCGUGGUGUACCAACGGGUCUUGGUGGCUCAGGAAGCGGUUCAGAUGGCGGGUCAAAUGGAGGUUCAGGGUCUGGUGAUGUUCAGGGUCAACCAGGUCAAGGCGGCGAUGACGAUUCAGGGCCGCGACAAACCCUUACUAUUCCUCCCGAGGGUGGUAACCCCGGCACUGUCCUUGUGUUAACACCUGACGGCCCUAAUAACCCACAGACUGGUAACAACGGUGGCGGCGAUGAUGGUGCCCAGGCUACUGGAGGAUCCAGUGGUGGGAAUCAAGGUGGUUCAGGCUCAUCGAGCGGAGGAAAUGACCAGAGUGGAAGCGGGGGAAGCUCUAACAAUGGAGGAUCUGGAGAUGGCACCAACAGCGGCAGUGGCAGCUCCUCUGGACAAGGAGGCAGCUCCAGCAAUGGGGGUUCUUCUGGAAACAGUGAUGACCCCGUGAAGGGCGGUGUUCAGGGGUCCAGCUCUGGAUCAGAAGGCAAUAAUGAUGACGCUGCAUCUGGGAACGGGGGAUCUUCAGGCUCAAAUAACGGCAACGGGUCUGGAAAUGGCGGGUCAUCAAGCUCUGGUGGAUCUGAUACCAGCGGAAACAGUGGUUCGGGAGGAACCCAAGGCGGAGCUCAAGGUGGCUCCGACAGUGAGGGUGGUUCUGGAGGUAAGGAUGGACCGACGCCAGGAAAUACUGAGUCUGAAGGCGGUGGCUCAGAGGGCGGCUCAGAUUCUGGCAAUGGAAGCUCUGAUGGUACUGGGGCGACUUCUGGCGGCAAGGGUUUCAAUGGAGAGGACGACGGUGACUCUGAAUCCGGAGGAAGCAAUUCUGGAGGGGAUAGUGGUGCUUCAGGCCAGUCAUUUUCGUCACGAAGUGCAAGUGCUUCUCGUCGCUCAAGCACUCGAUCACCAAUCGUCAGGACAUCCCCUUCAACCUACGUCGUCACAUCCAGCAGCACUGUCUUCACCAUUACCGCUGAUAUCCUUGGGACCCUCACCGCCGAGCCUCAGAGGACACGUCGAUCAACCGCCAGCGGCCGUCUCACAGGUGGAGUCGAAGGGCUAGGUGGCAGUGAAAUUGCAGCUACCGAAAGAACGACAUUCAGACGCCCUUCAAACAGUCGGCCUACCACAUCCGCGGUCGGUACUGCUGGCGACGCUGCUUCUGGAGUUGGGUCUGAUUCACCUCAAACUACACAGGCUCCUGGAAGGCCUUCGAGUACUAGACGAGCUGGUGAUUCAUCAAGCUCCGGUUAUACUGGCACUGUUGGUACGCGCGUCCGUCCUGGCGGUAGUGAUCUGAGCUCUACACGCAGCAGGACUUCCACUUCAGGGCAAGCCUCUCGACCUUCAGAUGGCGAGACCACUAUUGUAGAUAGUGGCCCUGUCAUAACAAAUGAUCCUGGCUCUGAUGCAGAGGAAGCUACGCCAUCUGUUGGAAACAACGCCCAAAGCCCAUCUACCCGCUCCGCCCAGAGAUCAAGUGUCUCUCAAUCCACUAGUGCGCAAAGGCCUGUUGCAGAAACUUCUUCGUCAGGUACUCGUCUCACUGCGAGACCUGCUGUCAUAUCGACUAACGGUGGCAAUGCUGAAGCUGGAGGGACAUCGCAGGCUUCACAGAGAAGUAGCAGGGCUACUAACGCUGUAUCGGGCUUUGUCGAAGGUGACCCUGAAACCAUUGCGACAGGGAACAAUGGCGGUACAGCUUCGGGAGACAAUGAGACGACAUCACAGGUAUCAGGAGCUUCCAGUGGAUCACAGUCAACCAACACUGUUAGCGCCGGCUCUUCUUCAACUGCAGCAAGAUCUAGAGCUUCGGCCACCUCGCGCGAGGGUUCGUCUGCCUCUGAUGCAGCUCGAGGCUCCAGCGCGGGUACAUCAACAGCAUCGCAGGGCGCGGGCCAGAGCUCAAGCCCCUCCAUAACAAGCGACGAGUUCAAUUAUGAUACUCUUAUUGGCACUCAGAGUGUUCCGGAGUCGGAGCGCGUGAAACAGCCCGGUGACACGUCGACUCGCUCAGCGACAAGCAGUGGUGCUGGAUUGACAGGCCAGCCAGCUGCAGGAGUUGGAGGCUCAACAACUGCUGAGUCAAACUCACAAAGCACUGGUGUUUAUGUUGAUGAUGACCCAACGACAUCUAGUGGAGAGUCGCUCGCUGGAGGACCUGUAGCUGGUGCUACGUCUGGAAGUGCGGGUGAGAGCUCUGUGAGCGACGACUCUGAUGCUGAGACCUCCGCUUCUGGAGAGCCUAACUCGGAGACGGCAUCCGAUGAUGCUCGCGAAACAGGAGACGCGACUGGUACAGCUCAGCCCGAGGAUGGCGAGAUUAGCUUAAUCUCACCUCAGGUGCCAGUUCCUACCGAUCCAUUGCCAGAGUCUGAAUCGAGCAGUCAGUUGCUCACUGGUGGAGUCGAAGGCAUACCCGGCAUUAGUGACUCGUCGUUUGAGUCUCCUGAGCUGCCACUGCCUACCGCUGUAUCAACUGGCCCCCUUCCUGACUCUGGCACUAGAGCUUCUACAGAGCCAACGCAGAGUGGCUCGACAGAUGACGAUGGCGCCAGCAAUACAGAAGAAGCAGAUGCUGAGACUUCUGAGACAGACGUUGAGGCAGAAAGCGAGACACCUGGCCCUGAUGCUACUUCUGAUGGCCCGUCAGCUACUGGAGAUGGUGAUGAUACUAUCUCAGCUGCGACAACAGUCACCAUAUUCAGUGGCGGUCCUGCUUCGGUCACAAGAACUGUAUACAUCCCACCUACAGCGUCUGGAGAAGCCGGAACUCUCAUCAUCGAGACACCUACUGUUGUCCCUGAAGCCAGUCAGACGGGUGAUGAUAGCGCAGGGGAGACUGACGAUUCUACUGAGACAGGUGCUCCAACUGAAGCAGAAGAGGAAGCUAUCUCGCCGGCGACUACAGUCACUAUCUUCAGUGGAGGUCCCGCGGCAGUCACGAGAACUACUUACAUCCCACCAACAGCUUCUGGCGAGGCCGGAACUCUUGUUAUUGUGACUCCCACCGGGGGAUUGGAUGCUGAAACAAGCGGCGAUGGCGAUGUUAGUUCCGAGACUGGGCCUGCCACUGAUGCAGAAGAGAUUACAGCCGGGACAACCAUCACUAUCUACAGUGGCGGCUCAGGGUCUGCAACUCGAACUAUUUAUAUCCCUCCCACCGUUUCGGGCGAAGCUGGCACACUCAUCGUGGAGGCACCCACGUCUGGUCUGGGCGGUGAUGACUCUAGCAUCACUGGCAUCGGUGCCAGUGGCCCAACUGCAAUCGUCACCCCUGAAGGCCCAGGCAAUGUCACUAUCUAUAGUGGCGGACCUGUCUCUUCAACAACAACUCGCUUCAUUCCCCCUACCACAUCAGGAGAGCCCGGUACUGUGGUCGUUGAGACACCAACAGCUGGUCCGCAGGCUACAGGUAUCGGAAAUAUUACGAUCGUCACAGGUGGUCCUGUUACGGUUACUCAGACUCGGUAUAUCCCUGCCACGGCGACUGAUGAGUCUGGAACUAUCGUCAUCGAAACACCUACUUCCCAAGUUGACGAGGAUGGUGGUGCAGGAAACACAACUUUAUAUAGUGCGGUAUCUGCUACUGGUACUCGCACCAUCUACAUUCCACCCACAGUAUCUGGUGAGCCAGGAACUGUCAUCAUUGAGACCCCUGCUGUGAGAGCAGUGACUGUCUACACAGAUGGUCCUGCAUCAACCACCCGAACGCUCACUAUUCCGGGCACUGCCUCAGAUGACCCUGAUACAAUUCUCAUCGAGACUCCUACUUCGGGCUCAGGCUCAGGUCCUGCUAACGUCACUGUUUAUACUGGUGUCUCUGCCACUGUCGCAACUACUCGUUUCGUUCCUGGCACAGCUUCAGAUGAACCAGGAACAUUCAUUGUUGAAACACCAAUUGGAAGUCCAACCUACGUGACAGUCUACAGUGGUGGCACAGGUACAGCUGUUACGACGAUCUAUUUGACACCGAGUGCAUCUGGUGGCUCAACUACUAUGAUCUUCCAGACUCCCACCCAAGGAUCCGAGGAGUCUGCCACAGAUGAUGGUGAAGCGUCUGAGACUGGAACCAUCACAGAAGCUCGAAGCACAUCGGCGACCCGUGGGAACGUGACUAUCUACACCCAAGCUCCCGGAACAGCGGGCGGGACAUUCUACUUCCCACCUGAUGACCCAGAAGAGUCGGGCACUAUCAUCAUCGAGACACUUCCUGGUGAUACUGAAGAGACUGGCACUGAGUCUAUUGAAGGUUCUGUCGCCCCGACUGCUGGUAGUCGGGUCAAUACCACAAUCUUCAGCGGCGGCUCAGUAACUGCGCCUAGAACAUUAUACAUAUCAGCAACAGUUUCUGGGGAACCGGACACCGUUCUUGUUGAAACACCAACCACUGGCCUAGGAGCAGAGGCGUCAGAGUCAGCGACUGGCCAGCGAUACACAACCAUCUUUGGUGGAGGGUCUGGAACAACCACGAGGACUAUCAUUAUUCCUGCAACUGUAUCUGGUGAGCUGGAUACUAUUCUCAUCGAGACGCCCACUGGCGGUGCUCCUGAAGUCACAAUCACUAGAGGGGGACCCUUCUCAGUCGCCACGACUGUAACGAUCCCUGGUGUGCCUGGCGAACCUGACACCGUUUUCGUCGAGAUUCCAACUGAAUAUGGUGAUGCUGAGCCUUCAGAGAGUGGUAGUGGCCCAGGCGAAGUGACUUCGACGCGCGGCGGACCAGUCACAGCUGCAACGACGAUUACAAUUCCUGGCCAAUCAGGCCAGCCAGAUACGGUUAUUAUUGAAACGCCGACUCGUGCGGCUGAGGUCACAAUCACGAGGGGAGGACCUGUUUCUGUCGCCACGACUGCAACAAUCCCUGGAGCGACUGGUGAGCCAGAUACGGUUCUUGUGGAAAUACCAAUCGAGUCUGCCGAUCUAUCGGUGAGUGGAAAAGGUACGGGUGAAAUAACUUCCACUCGUGGCGGACCAGUCACGGCCGCAACGACGAUCACCAUCCCAGGUAUAUCAGGCCAGCCAGAUACGAUUAUUGUUGAAACACCUACAACCGCCUCUGAUAGCGAGGAAUCUACGGCGAAAGGAGAUGGUCCAGCUGAAGUGACAUCUACUCGAGGAGGACCGGUAACAGCUGUAACUACUAUCACUAUUCCUGGUGAAUCAGGGCAGCCAGACACCGUUAUCGUUGAAACGCCUACAAGAUCUUCAGAUGAUGAAACGUCAGAAACUGGAAGCAGCCCAGGAGAGGUAACUUCAACAAGAGGAGGACCUGUAACAGAGGCGACUACCAUCACCAUCCCUGGUGCGCCGGGUGAGCCAGACACGGUCAUCGUUGAGACUCCAACGAGGUCAAAUGAACCUCCUAUAACUGGUGGUGUUCAAGCAAUCACUUCAACAAGAGGUGGGCCCGUGACAGCAGCAACUACGAUAACCAUCCCCGGUGAGUCAGGUGAGCCUGACACAGUGAUCAUCGAGACACCUCAAUCGUCUGACGAGGUUGAGCCAUCUGCAACUGAAGAUACUCAAGAUGAAGUUACCAUUACUCGGGGCGGACCUGUAACUGCAGCCACGACAGUGACUAUUCCUGGAGUUUCUGGUGGUCCAGACACCGUGUUUGUUGAAAUACCCACUCAAUCUUCUGGAGAGCCUGCAAGAACUGCUGUUCAGGAGGUCACAAUUACUCGGGGUGGUCCUGUGACAGCCCCUAUCACAGUUACCAUCCCUGGAGCAUCCGGCGGUCCUGAUACUGUUUACAUUGAGGUACCCACAGAGUCUGUUGGGACCGGAGCUGUUCAGCAGACUACUAUCACACGAGGUGGCCCUGUAACAGCUGCCGCAACGUACACAAUUCUUGGGGCGGCGGGAGAGCCAGAUACUGUGUAUAUCGAAACGCCUACUGAGUCCGCUGGUGGGGGUAGUGAAAUACCGGUAACUGGAGCCGUUCAAGAAGUCACUAUUACGAGAGGCGGUCCGGUCACAGUGGCAACCACAGCCACAAUCCCUGGUGUUUCUGGGGGACCAGACACAGUCUAUAUCGAGAUACCCACGGAAUCUGCACGUCGAAGUACGGACUCGCCAGUGACAGGAGCUGUUCAGGAAGUUACUAUCACGCGUGGAAGUCCCGUCACAGCGGCAACGACGAUUACUAUUCCCGGAGCUUCUGGCGAGCCAGAUACCGUUCUGGUUGAAGUUCCGAUUGAGUCUGCUGAACGGUCUUCAGAAACAAGCUCUGUACGCGAAGUCACUAUUACAAGAGGUGGUCCAGUUACAGCAGCGACAACACUCACGAUUCCUGGUGAGUCCGGGGGACCAGAUACUGUGCUGGUCGAAAUCCCAACCAGUUCAUCCAAUGAAGGCGGUUCUACCCAAGGAGAAGUUACAAGUACUCGUGGCGGUCCUGUUACAGCCGCUACAACCAUCACUAUACCCGGUAUAUCAGGCGGGCCAGAUACCGUCAUCAUCGAAACCCCCACCGAGUCUGCCAUUGAGCCAUCAGAGACUGAUGACCGUCAAGAGGUCACCAUUACCCAAGGUGGCCCUGUCACAUCCGCGACGACGAUCACUAUCCCAGGCUUAUCGGGAGAACCAGACACUGUUAUCGUUGAGAUACCUACCGGUGCUUCUGAGACUCCCAACAAUGCUCCCGCCAACGUCACUGUCUACAGUGGCGGCCCUGUCUCAGCUACUCGUACCAUCUAUCUUCCACCCAUCGCAUCUAGCGAGGCUGGCACUAUUCUUAUCGAGACACCAGAUGGCUCUAGUCCGACAGAAACUGCUCGUGGACCUGGAAAUGUUACCAUAUACACUGGUGUCGCCGGUACAGCUACAAGAACCGUCUUCAUACCUGCUACAGUUUCAGGAGCACCAGGUACAGUACUCAUCGAAACGCCAACAGGUUCUGUGGAGACCAUGGGAAGUAUUGUUGCAAAAGCGACAGGGCCUAUUACUACCUCUGAGGGCAGACCCAACACUACUAUCUUCAGUGGUGGAUCUGAUUCAUCAACAAGGACGGUUUACUACCCACCAGGCUCUGAUGACCCCGAUGGCCUUAGAACCGUAGUCAUUGAGACGCCGACAUCAGGACCGGAAGAUGAGACGACAACCAGUGAGGGUUCUGCAAACACAGCUUUCCCAGUAGGCAGACAAAACGUCACUCUCUACAGCGGUGGCCCAGGUUCUGUUGUAACGACAAUUUACUAUCCACCUGCGUCAAGCGAUCUCGAUGAGCCCGGUACGGUAGUGAUCCAAACCCCAACAGCUGGCCCUGUGGAAGAGUCAACUUCUGCAAGUGAGGCUGUCACGCCAAUCCAGAAUAUUACUCGCAUCGUGGGAGGACCUGCUUCUGUCACAACGACAAUUUACAUCCCUCCCACUGCCUCUGGUGAACCUGGAGUGGUCAUUAUUGAGACGCCUACAGCCAGUCCCGAGGAGGGAGAGACAUCUUCAGCAUCAACCACUGAAACAGCCAGUGAUGUGGAAGCCACUGGUAUUCCCAAUGUCACUCGCUACGUUGGCGGUCCCGCUUCCAUCACAACAACAUACACAAUACCCCCUGCCUCGUCUGGAGACCCAGGAACAGUGGUCAUCCAGACACCUUCUGCCAGUCUUGACGAGAGCGCUUCAGCAGCUGAAAUUCCAAACGUCACUCGAUACAUCGGUGGUCCAGCUUCAGUCACCACGACAUAUACUCUCCCUCCAGGCUCACCUGGAGAGCCAGGUACUGUUGUUAUUCAAACCCCGACCGCCAGUCCUCAAGAAAUCGCUACGUCUUCCCCACCAGCUGAAAUCCCAAAUGUCACUCGUUACGUCGGCGGGCCAGCGUCAGUUACUACGACCUACACUCUGCCUCCAGCUUCAUCUGGGGAGCCGGGUACAGUGGUCAUCCAAACUCCAAGCUCUACUCCAGAGGAGACUUCAUCCUCAGCCGUAAGCACAACACGGCCGCCAACAGUUGCACAGAACACAACCAUCUUCGACGGCGGAACAGGCUCAACCACAAGAACCAUCUAUAUCCCCCCUACCUCAGAAGGCGAACCAGGAACAGUACUCAUCGAGACACCAACUGCUAGCCCCGCAGCUUCAACCACUCCUGUCACUGGCGCACCAGCGGGCAUUCCAACAACUUCCACGCCAAUCGUUGCUGGUACCAACGUCACUAUCUUCAGAGCUGCUCCUCCCACAGCCACAGCUGAACGGACUUUGUACGAUCCACCGACGGCGGCUGGGGAGCCUGGUACUGUCAUUAUCGAGACAAUGGUUGUGUCUUCAACUUCUGGCUCAACUGCGCCGUUGAGUAUGGAGGCUCCUGCUAUCACAACUUUAAGUGGUUCUUCAACCAGUUCUGCUGCGAUCGCUUCACCCUCUUCUACAUCAAGUAGCGCGGCGGCAGCAGCAAGUUCAUCCAGCAAUGCUGCAGCGGCCGCUGCCUCAAGUUCUUCUAGUGCAGCAGCAGCGGCGGCUUCGAGUUCUUCUUCUGUUGCAGCAGCUGCCAGUUCCUCCAGUAGUGCUGCUGCUGCCGCCGCGGCCAGUUCCUCCAGAGCAGCAGCAUCAAGCUCAUCAAGUGCCGCCGCCACUGCAUCUUCAUCAUCAAGCGCAGCUCCAGCACCAGUCACCACAAGCUCAACCAGCGCUGCACUGCCAGUAAUCACCACAUCCAGCAGCUCAGCUAUCCCCGUAGUCGCCACCUCCUCCAGCAGUACCUCCAGCACAAGCAUGAUGCCCCAGCUCGCAUUCGGCCCAACGUUCGACUGCGAUGGCUUCGGCUACACCGUCCAAAGCCUCCUCGCCAACACCCUCACGCGCGUCAAUCUCGUCACCGGUCAACGUACAGAUAUCAAAACCGGCGUUGGUCCAGGCGGCCCUAUCAACGGCAUUGGCUUCAAUAGGCUCGAUAACUACAUCUACGGCUUCUCCCAACUGCCGCUUCUUAAUGGCCUUGCUUGUGCCGUCCUGGGAUGUAAACAAUCAAAGCUAAUCCGUAUUGCUAAGGAUGGGCGAUCGGAGAGUCUUGAUCUUGUGAUUGGUUCGAAUGCUAUUAGUAUGGGCGAUGUAGAUGAUCAAGGAAGGUUCUGGGUAUCAGAAGGUGGAGGGCGAUGGUGGUGCAUUGACUUGAGACCAACUAGCAGCACUUUCGGCAAACUUCUGAACUCCGGCACGUCUGCCACCAAUCUCCUUUCUGGAGUGGGCGACUGGGCAUACGUCCCCGGCGGAGGAAACUAUCUCUACGCUUUACAGGCAUCCGUCAUCGAGAACGGCCUCCUCAGAACAAACAUCGUCCGCUGGUCUUUGACCACACAAAAGUGGGAGAACUACCAAGCCUACCCAGGCAUCCUCAACACAGCGCUCAACCUCGUCUGGGGUGCCGCCAUGGCAGCGCCAGGUGGAACGCUCUUCGCUCAGGAAUCUGUCCUCGGACAAACGUGGAAGUUCACACUCGGAUUCGGAGCUCCGGACCCGACACCGGUACCAGGCGGUGCUAUUCUCAAUUUGCUAGGAUCGGAUGGAGCCAGGUGUGCGAAUGCUGCAGUUUCAUGA